UUUGCAACCCGAUCGGUUAUCGAUAUGUUCCCGCCAAGUAUCGAUACUUUUAUUUAAUAUAUUGGCCAUACAAUGGAGUAUGGAUGCUGUCAACUGCUCAACGUUUGUUGAGCAAUUCCUUGGCGGUCCACUAGGGGCGCUCGGGAGUGGCGGUGAGGGUAAAGUGCGCACAAGUCGUCUAGAGAACAAGAAAUGUAGCUCCAAGUGGGUUGAAAAAAUAAAAAAGCUCCGUGAGAACGGUGGAGGAAAAAAUGAGCAAAAUAUUGCUACAAAUCACACAUGGGGACACACUUUAGAUUUUACACCAACAAGAAAGGAAGUAAGGUGAACAAGUCUUAGAAAAAUAAGUUUCACUUGCAGCUGGUGAAGUAGUGGACACAGGAGUUUGUGAGCUUAGCUUUCAUCACUUGAGGUGAGGAAGACUGUGACUGAGCAAGUCUGGCAUCUUAAAUGCUGAAGCAGAUAGUGGAAGUGCUCAAACCAAGCAAAUCAGAUAGAGUGUUCAGGCCUGUCUAAAGUCCUCUAGUCUUUUUGGAAUCUUCGGAUUCGGACUCCACCCUGCAUUUAUAGUCUGCCCAUGUGACCUCUGAAUCCUUUUUUCGGUCCUAUACUUGCUGCCAAUCCAGAGGACUUUUUCCCUGAUGGUGUGUUCCCGGCGCCUUCGGAGGCUCCGGCGCAUGCUAGCCUUGCUGGCGGGCUUGACGGUGGCGACCUUUGCCCUCCACAGCACCCUCUUGGCGGCGCCCCCGCCACUGAGCGGUUGCCGCGUGGAGUCCCCGCUGCUGGUGGGACCCCGACCCGUGCAUCUGCCCACGUCACCCCCGACGUUGGCGGAGAUCGGAAGGAGGAGCACGUUGGUGUCGCCAGGCGGAUUCUACCGUCCGCCGCAUUGCCAAUCUCGGCACCGCACGGCCAUUGUGAUACCGUACCGGGCCCGGCUGACGCACCUGCGCUAUCUCCUGGACCACCUUCAUCCUUUCCUGCAGAGGCAGCAGAUCUACUACAAAAUCUACGUGGUGGAACAGUGGGGUGACGGCACCUUCAACAAAGGCAUUCUCUUCAACGCCGGCAUCGUGGAAGUUCUCCGAGACGAUGACUGGAGCUGCAUUAUCCUCCAUGACGUGGACCUGCUGGCCGAGGACGACCGCAACACCUACGCCUGUGACAAUUACAACCCAAUGCACUUGGCGGUGGCCAUUGAUAAGUUUGAUUACAGGCUGCCGUACCGUGAAUAUUUCGGCGGGGUUGUUGCAAUGACUCCGGAGCAGUACAGGAAGAUAAACGGUUUCUCCAACCAGUAUUGGGGCUGGGGGAGAGAGGACGAUGAUUUGUGGAAAAGAGUGGGUCUGUCCGGCAUGAAGGUGGUGCGCCCCUCAGUGAGAUUCGCCCGUUACAAAAUGAUCAAGCACGAACGAGACCCAGGAAAUGAAGAAAACCCGCACAACUUUGACAUCCUGAAACGGACCAAACUGGACUGGCGCUCGGACGGCCUCAACAGUCUGUCUUACAAACUCCUCUCCAAAGAACAGAAAGCUCUCUUCACUCAUCUCACCAUCGACGUCGGAGAAAAGCCUCGGACGUGACUGCUUUUUCUAGUUUACAAGCACACCUUUCAAGAUGUUAAUAAAAAUGGCCAAAUGUUCUUUUGUUUCAUGAUUGUGCUGCUCUCUAGGCCUGCCAAAAACAGUUAUUUGGUUAGCUGACCAAUGACUGAUUAUUAAUCAGAGUUCCUAUCGCUACCGAUACGGCACUAAAAUGACGUCAUCGUUAUCGGGUACAAACUAAAAUGACGUCAUCGUUAUCGAGUACAAAGAAACAACACGUCGAUGCUGAGCCAAAGGCCAGCGUUUUUCAAUCUUUUCUGAGUCACGGCACAUCUUUACAUUGGAAAAAAAUCUCGCGGCACACAACAAAACAAAAAAUGUUCCAAAAUUACUUUCUGUCCAAUAAAUUUACCGUAAUAUUCGGACUAUAAGCCGCUACUUUUUUCCUUCAUUUUGAAUCCUGCGGCUUAUAGUCCAGUGCGGCUUAUUUUUUUAAUUUAUUUGGGUUAAUUAGGUAACACUUUAUUUGACAGCGGCAUCGUAAGACAUAAGGCUUUUAUAAUUAUGACAUGGCACUGUCAUGGGCAUUACUGAAAGCUUAUGGCGCCACUGUCAAAUAAAGUGUUACCAAAUACCAUAACUAGCAAUUAAUGAAACAACUGGAACAGUAACUGAAGAAAUAUUUAGCAUAGAACAUGAGUUUUGAUUGGUAUAUACAUCUGUCGUGCUGCAAUGCAUGCUAGGAGGCAUGUUGGGUAACAACAAUGUUGAGAGCAGGUGGCAGCAGAGGUUGACUGUCUCCCCCAAGGGGGUAGUGAUAGCCAAAUGAAUCUUCUUGAAGCAAUGAAGCUUUGCAUCCAAUUGGUUCAAAGCUUCAUGGGGGUUCAUUUGGUCUUAUGACUCCUAUAAGUCUCCUUAGGCAGAG